AUGUCCGUCAGCGCGGAGGAAGUGGCAAAGCACAACACCGACAAGGACUGUUGGGUCAUCGUCGGUGACCAGGUGUUGGACGUGACCGAGUUCCUGUCCGAGCACCCCGGCGGUAAGAAGAGCAUCAUGAUGUUCGCCGGCAAGGAUGCCACUGAGGAGUUCGACAUGCUCCAUGACCGCAAGGUCAUCAAGAAGUACGGCUUGGACGAGGUGAUUCAGAGGUGUAAGUGCCUUAGUCUUUGUUGUGCUUUGCCGCUAGACCCCGAGCCGCAAUCGCAGAAGAGCCCGCCGAGUCAAUCACCCGAGUUCGGCAAGCAAUGCCCAGCAGUGCCGUUGGUGUGCAGUGUCUGUGGCUCAAGCCGUUACGAUUUGGCGCUCAUACACUGUCUUUCUUUCUGUGCGAUGUCCGUCAGCGCGGAGGAAGUGGCAAAGCACAACACCGACAAGGACUGUUGGGUCAUCGUCGGUGACCAGGUGUUGGACGUGACUGAGUUCCUGUCCGAGCACCCCGGCGGUAAGAAGAGCAUCAUGAUGUUCGCCGGCAAGGAUGCCACUGAGGAGUUCGACAUGCUCCAUGACCGCAAGGUCAUCAAGAAGUACGGCUUGGACGAGGGCACCGUGGUGUUGAAGGGCACCAUCAAGAAGUGA